GCUGCUGCUGCAGGCUUCCAAGACGUGGCCUUGAGGCCGGCGGGCAACGGGUCCCUCAAACCUCGAAUCCGGGGCUGCCCCGCGCAGUUUGAGCUGAACGGGGCAGUCCGGCAAGUGGCAGCCGUGCGCCUGGAGGGCAGCGACUUCCUGGGGGUUCGCUCAGGCCACUUUUGUGCAGCAUGGAGGCGGCAGCGUGGAAGGGCCCCUGUUCCUCUGCAGGUGGUUCGCACAGAUGCCCCCUGUUCUUCCAUCGCAGUCAGCCCCCACCUGCCCGGCGAGCUGUCCAUUUGCACCCUGGAAGGAGCGGUUUACCUGUGGCAUGUUGAGAUGGGGCUUCGGCGGCUGCACCAGGACGGCGACGGCAUGUUUUUCCGUGACCCUUCCCCUUGGCGCUGGAGCGAGUUUUCUGCCCACCCGCGUGUGCUCACUUUUGCUGACCGCACGGGCCUGAAGGGUCUUGACCAGAGGGUGCCCUCUGGGGGCCACUUUGAGCUCUUCAAGGUCGGGGGUGAAGCAGAUUGCCAGCGUGGGGAGCGCCUGCUCCUGUCCAAGUACCUGGGCCAUUCAGAGCCCUACCACCACUUAGUGGCUACGCAGUUUUCGGCCUUUGUGCUGGACGAACGCUUCCCCCUGGUGCCCGUCCUGCGCUGGGAGCACAUGAUGCAGUGGCCGCCCAUCUAUGCCCACCUCACGCCUGCCGGGGCUCUGCAGCACAGCCACACGGUGCUCCUGGGCACCCACCACUCCCAGGAGCUGCUCCUGCUACAGUACUCAGGUGGGCAUGGCCUCCCUUGCCAGCUCCAAGGUGCACCUCAGAAGCUGCCAUCCACCAAGGAGUGCCUGCCCCACUUCCCGGCACAAGUGCCUGUCAGGCAGAGCGCCCUCAGCCAGCGUCUCUCAGUCCCCACAGCAGGCAUUGCAGCAGCCCUCGGCCAGCAGGACCACACCCAGACGCUGCUGGUCUUCCAGCUUUCCGAGGCCGGAGACCUGUUCUACCAGCCGCUGCUCCCGCAGGCCGGCGGGGAGGAGGCUGAGGGGCAGGCACCCACUGACUCGGGCCCGGAGGCCAGCUUCGGGGGUGCUGCAGCAGACGCGCCAUGCCGGGACUCCGUUCAUCCAGACGACGCGUCUUCAAGGACAGCUUGUACUCCCGCGGCCGCGGUCCUCUACCGGCGCUGGCUGAGGGCCUUCCUCAGGAAUUGGAAGUGGGCCCCCACCCAGGGCGACCUGCGCCCUCCCACCACGAUCAGCCAGAGCAGCCUCUUCACCCACCGAGAGAUGAGGGAGCUGGUGGGGAGCGUCCCUUCUUCCCUGGAGGCCGCCUGCCACCUGCGCAAAGCCAUGCAGGAACAGCGACUCCUCUGCUCCUGGGGGGACGAGAGCAGGGCCCCCAUGCCCCCCGCCCCCCAGGGACCCCCAGGCGAACUUGGCCAGCGACUCGCAGCCUCCUGGUCUGGCGACUGGGCGGCCUGGUGGCUGGAGAAGCCGGACUCCCGGGAGGACUCGGAGCUGCUCUCCUCGCAGACCCUGCAUGCCUGCGGAAUCCCCCGGGAGCGCCGCCAGACCCUGCGCAGGUACCUGGCUGUGCUGGACGAGCCUCCUGAGCCACCACCGGAGGAGGACCUGCCCGCCAGCCAGAUGUCGGCCCUGGGCGGCAGCCAGCGAGGCCCCUCAUCCUCCCAAGGCUCCCAGCUGAAACGGGCCCGCAUGGGCUUCUGA